AUGCCCAGCGACCUGAGACCAGACGUGCCCGGCGGCCACGAGAGACGCGCCGUGUCACCGCUGCUGGGCCACAGCAAGACCACCGACGAAGGGACCGAGAACGGGGGGCUCAGCAGAAGGGGCACGCAGCAGCGCUUCCACGAGCGCGACCCAGAGAUGCAGGCCAAGCUGGAGACGCGGAGAAAAUACACCUACGCCUCGAUAUUCCUCGCCCUGUCGCUCGUCAGCUUCACCGUGCAGACGGAGACGGCCGUCUACAUCCAGCACGAGCUCAAGUGGGAGAAGCCGUACUGCAUGUUGUACAUGACGCACGGGUCGUGGAUCCUGCUCUGGCCUGCGAUGCUGCUGCUGCUGCGCGUCCAGAAUUGGAAUACCCCCUGGCCCACCUUCUGGCGCAGACAUGUUCAGAUCCUGCGCCAGACGGCCCUCACCGUUCAGCACCAGACGCUGCAUCCCACGCCACGCCAGGCGCUCGUCUCGCCCGUGCGCUACAUGGCCAAGAUGACCGCCUUCAUCACCUGCGCCCUUACCCUGGCUGGGGGGAGUUGGUACGUCGCGGUCAAUCUGACGACCGCGAGCGACUUGACGGCUAUCUACAACUGCUCAGCCUUCUUCGCAUACGCCUUCAGCAUCCCCAUUCUGCACGAGAAACCGCGUCCCGUCAAGAUCCUCGCCGUAGCCAUCGCCAUCUUCGGCGUCCUGAUCGUUGCCUACGGCGACACGUCGCCUGCGAAACACGGCUCCAAGUCGGGCGGUGGCGCGGGCGGCGAGAAAGCACCACCCUCUCACGAGGCUGAGAAUCGCGCGUUUGGCAAUCUGGUCAUUGGCGUGGGGAGUGUCUUGUAUGGGUUCUACGAGGUGUUGUAUAAGAGGCUGGCGUGUCCGCCUGAGGGUGCAGAGCCGAUGCGCGGCGUCAUCUUCGCAAACACGUUCGGGAGCAUGAUUGGGCUGUUCACCGUGUGUGUGCUGUGGGUGCCGAUACCUGUGCUGCAUUACUUGGGGUGGGAGGAGUUUGCGCUGCCGCAGGGGGAGCAGGCGUGGAUGAUGGCCAUCAGUGUGUUGGCGAAUGCUACCUUCUCCGGAUCCUUCCUCGUCCUCAUCUCCCUCACCUCCCCCGUCCUGUCCUCCGUCGCGGCGCUGCUCACCAUCUUCAUCGUUGCUAUUGUCGACCAGCUGCUUCCCCCGCCGCUCAACUCGCCGCUCACAUCCGCUGCUAUUGUCGGUGGACUUCUGAUCAUCGGCGCGUUCCUGCUGCUUUCCUGGGCGACGUACAAGGAGAUGGAUGAGGAGCGGCGGCAGAAGCUGGAGGAGAACCCUAGUGAGAUGGACGAUUAG